AUGAGUGGUUACGACAGUGCUUUAUCUAUUUUCAGCCCCGACGGACACGUGUUCCAAGUGGAGUACGCCCUGGAGGCCGUGAAACGUGGAACGUGUGCGGUGGGCGUGAAGGGCAAGGAGGUUGUGGUUCUUGCGUGUGAGAGACGAACCACACUGAAAUUGCAGGAUCCGAGAAUCACGCCGUCGAAAAUCAACAAGAUCGAUACACACGUGCAGUUGGCGUUUGCUGGGUUGAACGCAGAUGCGAGAAUCCUGAUCGACAAGGCCCGUGUCGAGGCGCAAUCCCACAGACUGACCCUGGAAGACCCGGUGACGGUGGAAUACUUGACCAAGUACGUCGCGGGCGUGCAGCAGAGAUACACCCAGAGUGGUGGAACCCGGCCUUUUGGUGUUUCGACGCUCAUUGCAGGCUUUGACGAGAACGACAAGACGCCUAGGUUGUACCAGACAGAACCUUCAGGAAUUUACUCGGCGUGGAAGGCCAACGCCAUUGGGCGCAGUAGCAAGACGGUGCGCGAGUUUCUGGAGAAGAACUACGACAAGGAGCAGGAGCUGGACGAAGCGCAAACCAUCAAGCUGACCGUCAAGGCGCUGUUGGAGGUGGUGCAGACCGGAGCCAAGAACAUCGAGAUUUCCGUGAUGAAGCCUGGCAGAGUGAUCAGCCAGCUGUCCAACGACGAGAUCGAGGCGAUUGUGCAGGAGAUAGAGGCAGAGAAGGAGGCCGAGGCAGAGAAAAAGAAGCCGAAGAAAGCCAGUGAAUAGAUCCACCAUAGCUAGUAAUUCUAUUUACAAUGUCCUAGUUUCGCCCUCCACGUCGAUGAUGUCGCCCUCGCUCGACGGCGUCUUGAUGACGAAACGCUUGUUGGCCACAAAGCCAAGUGGAAUGAUCUCGAUCACGCACUGGCUCUUGCCGACGCUGAUGCUUUGCUCCAAAAGGUCCUGGAAGAUCGGGGUGUCCAAAUUUUUCAGACUAAAAAUGACCUUGGCAAUUUUGUCACCGGACCGUUUGUCGUAGAGAUAUCUGCUUUGUACUGUUAUCAUAUCCUCCACUUCCUGGACGACACCGUUGAUUGUCUGUAGUGAGACGUUCCAGUCGUACUGCACGCCGUCCAGAACGCCCAGAGCAAUGUCGUUGACCGACUGGACGUUGAAGUAGUCUGCAACGCCAUCCUCGUUCAGCAGGAACGCGUCAGAGACACGCCGGAGCACGAAGUUGGCCAGGUCGCUGUUGAUCUGCUCGAUCGGCGGCAGCACCAAUGGGUUUGCGCUGUUUCGGGGCCGGAAAAUCAGCGUCGAGUCUUUGAGCAGCGUCCAUUUCUCGCUCAUCUGCUUGCGGUUGCGUCUCUGGGCGAUUUUGUACGCCAUGAAUGAACCCACGCAGAGCGGCGGAACAACCAGUGCAAAUAUUGGCAGCGCAACAAACACCACCAGCGAGCCAACAGCCGUGAGUCCGAGCGCUAGCUUGAGCGAGUCCGGCGUACGAGCAAGUACCUCAUUCAGAAGAGAGGGCCGAUCGAUCCGUUGUCGCGGCGGCCGCGAGUACCGGUGUGUCACGAGACUGGAGUGUACAAACCGACACCCGUGCCAGAAAAGCGGUCUGGGCAAAGACCGGCCCACAAU